AUCUGAUGGAGUCUGACUUUGGAAAGAGCCUUGAGAUGAUUUAGCGAUAUGUAAAUAAAACUGAAUUGAAUUUAAUCCUGAUUUGGUCCCAGAUCAGAACCAAUGGCUGUCUGAGUCUCUGAUGGGAGAAGAAGUUCAGAGGAGCUCAGCAUGGCAACAAAAAGCAUGAAAAUCAGAGGAGGACAGGAAGGGAUUUGCCUCUUUCUGCUUCUAACAGGGAGGAACAUCAUGAAAGACCUCCAAAGAGUCUGCAGUUAUUUCAUGGAGCAGCCUUAGCUGGAUAGAUGGGAUCUCUUAGCAACAUCCAUCAACGGCCAAUGAAAUCACUUGUUAGCGUCCACUUCUCUGGCUUCGUAGAUGGACCCUCACACAGUGAGGUUGUCCAGGUCCUUGCUGGAAAAUGUGCAACCAGUCCCUGCAGCCAGGCUCAGAGAUGGGAAGAGGCGCAUCGUGUGUCUCGGUGCCACGCCGGCUGUGCGGAGGUGGACUCGCUGACUGAAGCCGUGGCAGGAGAAGGGUUCCUGCUCGGCUGCAUCUCCUGUAAGAGAAGAGAGGAAGUCUCCGCCCGAGCCACCGUGGACUGGCACUUCAAGCCCCAGCAAGAGGAGGACUUCAGACAUAUCUUCCACUACGACCACCCCGCCGCCGCCAUCCUCCACGAAGACUUCAGCGACCGCCUGGAGUGGCAGGGGACGCUGAACGGCGACGUUCAGAUCGGCGCCGUUUACAUCCAGAACGUCACCUUCAACGACACCGGCACGUACCGCUGCACCUUCCACCGCACCCUCUUCCUGCCGCUGCAGCUGGAGAAGGUGGUGGUGGAGAAGGAGGUGGAGCUCACCGUGGUGGCUGUAGCCAACCGGGAGCUGACGGCCAUGAUCUCAGAGAUCGUGAUGUACGUCCUGAUCGUGGUUCUGCAGCUGUGGCUCAUCAUCGUCAUGGUCCACUGCUACAGGAAGAUCUGGGACGAACACGAGGCGCGAGAAGCCAGGAGAGCCCUCAAAGCGCAGGGAUCGUAAACUUUUGGGGUCGAAGGAGAACUGUGACGGGGUGCAGGCGGAGUAGCGUCAGGAAGCAGAUGGACUCCAGGAUGCACGGCUGGAGGCCUGCAUCUCGAUCCGGCUGCAAAACUCUGACUCCCACAGAGACGGGUUGAACUUUUAUAUUUGAA